AAGAAAAAGAAAAAGAAAAUAUCACAGAUGUUUCUUCUUCAAAUUCUUCAAAAACAUUCUUUGACUCAAAUCCUAUUUUCUUCUGCUCUUCUCAGCUCCAAGUCUUCUCUGGUUGCCAUUUCCAUAUCCCAUUCAAACCACCUCUCUCUUUGAUUCUCUGUAUUUAUUUUCUUCCUUUAUCUGCAACUCUCUCUCUCUCUCUCUCUCUAUCUUUUGUAUAUACCAACCUCACAGUUACCACUACAGAGUGCGCUUCAAACUCCAUCAAUGGCUGCCAACAAGUUUGCCACCAUGUUACACAGAAACACCAACAAACUCACUCUGAUUCUCAUCUACGCAAUCCUCGAAUGGGUUCUGAUCCUCCUCCUCCUUCUCAACUCCCUCUUCUCUUAUCUGAUCGUCAAGUUCGCCGAUUACUUUGGCCUCAAACGACCCUGCCUCUGGUGUUCUAGGCUCGAUCACAUCUUCGAGCCCGGAAACAAGAGCCACAGUUCUUACAGAGAUCUUGUGUGUGAGGAACACGCCAAUGAAAUAGCCAAACUUGGGUUUUGCUCGAAUCACCAGAAACUGGCUGAGUCUCAAGAUAUGUGUGAGGAUUGCUCAUCGCAGGAAUAUUCUCAAGAAUGGUCUAACAAGUACGCUUUCUUUCCGUGGAUGAAGCAAAUUGGGAUGAUUCAAGGCGGCGAUGAUGAUAAGGAAUGUUCUUGCUGCGGUGUGAGCUUGAGCAACAAGCUGUACCCUCCUUGUAUUCUGCUCAAGCCUUCUUGGGGGGUUUUGGAUUACGCUCAAAAACCGAUUUUGAGUUCAGAUGUAGGGGUUGAUGCUCAGACUGAGGAAGGUGAUCAGUCGGAUCAAAGUGGAUCGGAUUAUGUGGCAGAUCAAAAUGGACAUGAUGAGGGUUUUGUUGUUGUUGUUCAAGGAAAUAGGGGAGAGAAUUCGGUUUCGGAUGUUGAUGGAUGUUGUGGACAAAGAGACUACGAUGCAGAGGAGAAGAAUAAUUCAGCAUGUUGUUCUGUUUGUGACUAUGUCUGCAAGGAAACGGAAACUGAGGCCAAUCAAAUUGAAGACGAGGCCUCCAUGGAUGAUGGUCGAGCUCAAAUUCAGGCCAGUUGUGAUGAGAAUUCCAGUCUGCAUCAGCAUCUGGAGUUCUACAUUGAUCAAGAUGAUUGUCGGUUGGUUCCGGUUGAAUUGGUUGAUUCUCCUGCCACCAUUGAGAGGCAAAGUCACCAGAAUUAUAAGGUGGACGAAGACCGAGCACAUAGUGAUACUCAAGAUGUUAUUCUGGAUUUCGACAUGCAUUUCGAGACACAAGCCAAACCGGUUGUUGAGUUGUGGUACAGUUCAGAUGAAAUUGUGGAAUUACUUUCAUCCCAUGAGAGUAAAGAGGAGAGCAAAGUUUCAGUUCUUGACUCAAAGGGUUUGGAUUUCGAUAUGCAUUUCAAUACACAAGCCAAACCGGCUGUUGAGUGUUGGCAGAGUUCAGAUGAGAUUGUGGAAUUACUUUCAUCCCAUGAGAGUAAAGAGGAGAGCAAAGUUUCAGUUCUUGACUCAAAGGGUUUGGAUUUCGAUAUGCAUUUCAAGACACAAGCCAAACCGGUUGUUGAGUGUUGGCAGAGUUCAGAUGAGAUUGUGGAAUUACUUUCAUCCCAUGAGAUUAAAAAGGAGAGCGAAGUUUCAGUUCUUGACUCAAAGGAUUUGGGGCAGAAUGGAGAAGAAGUUAAUGAGCAAGCUGAAGAUACUACUAGUACUCAAGCAACACCAGCCUCUUGUCAUGAGGAUGACAGUCAAUCAAAUGCUGCUGAUAUAGUAGGAAGAGACAUUGAUUCAGAUGUUCAUCAAGCAACAACUGAGGAUGAUGACAUCCAUAUGGGGAACGAUGAGAUUGAUACAGAGGUCUCAAUAGGGACUGAUAUUCCUGAUCAUGAUAUAUUCAAUGAGGAUAUUCAAUCAGCUCAUGAACUUCUACAUUCUUAUCCCAGUGUGCAAGAAGAUCCUUCUACAAGUUCUCCCAAUGCUGAAAUUGAUGAUAAUCAUGGUUCUAAGCAAGAAGAAGAGUUUCUAGAAUUCAAGACCUUAUCAGUUGAAACAAGUGAGAAAGAACAAAAUAGUUAUUUCUCAUUAGGUUCAGAACUUAAUGAGAUUGAGGAAGAGAAGGUUCUUCCUGAUACACCAACUUCUAUAGACAAUUUCCAUCAGUUGUAUAAUAGAAUGCUACUAACUGAGAGAAGGGAAUCGGGAACAGAAGCAUCAUUGGAUGGAAGUGUAGUGAGCGACAUUGAAUGUGGUGAUGGAGUCCUGACUAUGGAGAAGCUGAAAUCGGUGUUGAGAGCUGAACGGAAAGCUUUAAAUAGAGUAUAUGCAGAACUCGAAGAAGAGAGGAGUGCUUCUGCAAUAGCAGCCAACCAGACAAUGGCAAUGAUAAAUAGGCUACAAGAAGAAAAGGCAGCAAUGCAGAUGGAAGCUUUGCAGUACCAAAGAAUGAUGGAUGAGCAGUCUGAGUACGACCAGGAAGCUAUGCAGCUCUUAAACGAGCUCAUGGUAAAGAGGGAAAAGGAAAAGCAAGAACUUGAAAAGGAGCUGGAAAUAUGUCGAAAGAAGAUCCAAGAUUAUGAGGCCAAAGAGAAAAUGAUGAUUUUGAGGAGAAUGAAAGAGGGCUGCACAAGAAGUAGGACUUCAUCUGGUCCUUGUAGCAAUGCUGAGGAUAGUGAUGGACUUUCUAUUGAUUUGAAUCAUGAAGUGAAGGAAGAAGAUAACCUCUCGGGACAUGAAGAGAGUAGCAACCAAAACACGCCAAGGGAUGCGGUGUUAUAUUUAGAAGAAUCUUUGGCUAGCUUUGAGGAAGAGAAGUUAUCCAUUCUAGACCAACUCAAGGAAUUGGAAGAGAAGCUUUUGACCUUGAAUGACGAAGAGGAAGAAGAACAUUACGAGGAUAUAAAACCAAUUGAUCAUUUCUUUUCAGAGAAUGGGAAUGGCUACCAUGAGAAUGGUGAUGUUAGCAGUGAAGAAAAUGGCAUUGCAAAUGGCCACUCCAAAGAAAUGAAUGGAACACAUCAUCAAGAUAGAAAAAUUAUGGGAUCAAUUAAGGCAAAGAGACUUCUCCCACUUUUCAAUGAAGCUGAAGAUGAAGACGAGGAGUUGAAUGGAGAUGUAGAAGGUUAUGAUUCUGUUGCGUCACAAGAUCACAAGAAACUCGCUAUUGAAGAGGCGGUUGAUCAUGUCUAUGAGAGACUACAAGCACUUGAAGCAGAUAGAGAGUUUCUAAAGCACUGUAUUAGCUCCUUAAGGAAAGGUGACAAGGGAUUAGAUCUUCUCCAAGAAAUUUUGCAACAUCUUCGUGACCUGAGAAGUGUGGAAACCCGUCUAAGGAAUUCGGGAGAGGGUAUCCUAUAACGACUUCAUUCACAGAUUGCUUGAUUCAGGUUUAAACAACUGCAAAUAUAGAUACUUGAUACACAAGUCAUAAAUGGAAUUCAGCAGUUUCAACAAAUUCAAAUGGGGAUUCCCUGGAUGGAGAGGGAAGCUCAUAGCAAUAGUCUGUCUGGUGGAAUAUGGUAGACUACAACACGUUCUGCCAUUUUUUCUUACUACUUAUUGUGUCUAAGUAAACCCAAUUUUUUGUGGGUUGCGCCCAUCAAACACCUUUUAGAAGGUAAAAGGAAGUUGAUGAGUGUAUGUGUGUGUAGGAGAUAGUGAGGUGAAGCCACUCUGUCAAGUAAGUUUUUUAUGGUGUGAGAGAGAAAAGGCCUGGUUUGCAAAGCUGGUGUGAUCCAACAAAGAUUCCAGUGCCAGGUACAUAGCAUUAGUUUAUUAGAGAGAUGGGGUAGACAAUUAGUACAGGCACUCUUUUUUGUCAUUUAUUUAAAUUUUGUUGGUGGGAAAAGGAAAGGUUGGGGGAUAACUAAUCCCUUUUUCUUUUCUUUCUUCUGGUCUUUGCAUCAUUUCUGGGUUUGUUUAUUAUUUGAGGGCAGCAGCAGAGUUGAGGAACUUGUAUACUACACUACUACAUGUAAUCCAUUUUGUAAGUACAUAAAGUGAGUGUUUGUUUAUACUGGGUUUGUCUUCGAGUUUA